CUACGUGGGGCUUUUGGUAACGUGUGUGACGUGUACAUCGAUUGUGCUAUUGUGCUGAUCACCGAAUGCUGAUGCUUUGGGUGAUGCAGAGGACAGCCGGCAGAGUUUCUCAUUCAGCGGAAGGCAUUCGACCAAGAAAGAGCCUCAAAAGCCGUUUCAGUAAAUAUGGCUGAAGCAGUCAAAUUAGCUGCACUCGUUCUCGUCACAGAAGAAUGCUACAAAGAAUAUUUUGAAUAUCACAAUUUUGCCGAUGUGGACUGCUUCAAGUCGACGCUGAGCCGGGGGUUGGGCAUCGCUAUCAUAGCCGGAUCUUUUCUUGUUAAACUACCACAGAUUCUAAAAAUUUUCAACAAUAAAAGCGGUCAGGGAAUAAACAUCAUUAGCGUACUUCUGGAUCUCUUUGCUAUUACUGCAACCGUUUCUUACAGCUUUGUUAGCGGGUUUCCGUUCAGUGCCUGGGGAGAUGGAGUAUCGUUGGGUCUGCAAACAGCAGCUAUAGCUGCCAUGGUAAUGCAUUAUAAUGGCGCAACCCAACAAGCAACUGCAUUUGUUGUUGCCUAUUUGGCAAUACUCUAUGCUUUAAAUAGUGGGCUUGCACCAAUAAACGUUCUGUGGUCGAUGCAAGCAAUGAAUGUUCCUAUUCUUCUUACAAGCAAGUUGAUCCAAGCUCUGACAAAUUACCGCAAUAAGAACACAGGGCAAUUGUCCGCUGUGACAUGCAUCAUGCUGUUCUUUGGUUCAGCGGCAAGAAUUUUUACUUCUGUCCAAGAAACAGGUGACUCGAUCCUGAUUUUGACAUACAUCUGUUCCUCAGCUGCGAACGCCGUUAUUUUAGGUCAAAUGCUUUACUAUUGGAAUUCUGAAACACCUGUUACCAAAAAGAAGAAGAGUAAAAAAUCUAAUUAGGCUAGCGUUUCAACAUCGAGCUGCAAAGCAGAUGAUAUUUUUUUACAUUAGCGCUGAUCUUUAAAUAAUUAGCUAAUAAAGUAAUAAUCAAAUGGCAAAUCAAACAGCAAUAUUUAGGUAAUAAGGCUGGACUCGAGCUGCAAUUUGUGAUACUUGAAUUAAUUAUUUUAUUGAUUUAAUUAGUUCACAUUUCAAGAGAGAAUAGUACUACAUAAGUAGAAAUACCAUAGCCUAAUUGACUGAAUCGUCUAACGCAUAUACAGCAGUCUCAUUCUAAACUAACUAUCUUUGGUCUAUACUACGGUCAUGCCCAAGCAUUAUUUCCUCUGGAAUUUGAUUCAUCAUUAUUGAAAAAAGUAUAUCCUGUAUAUUUGAAAAUUAUUUUUAUUUAUAAAUAUUGUAUACGAGGUCGGAUCAUAACACCGACGGUUUCUAACUUAAUUGAUCAAUAAUGAAUAAACUGACAUCAGAUAAA